AUGGAUGCAGGAUUUGAUACCAGCUUUGCAGGAGGUGUGCCUGGUGCACAUCACAGGUUUUGUGUGCAGCAUGUCUGGAAGAAUUUCAUUAAGCAGUGGAAGGACAAGGCCAUUAGGGAAAUAGUUUGGGAAUGUACAAGAUGCACUACUGUACCUCAAUUCCCAAGGGCUAUGCAUAAAUUGAAAGAUUUGAAUGAAGAUGUUUGGGCAUAUCUACACAAGAUUGACCUGUCAUGCUGGGUCAAAGCCUAUUUUAGUCACUGGCCCAAGGGUGACAACAUUUCAAACAACAUGGCAGAGGUUUGGAAUGCGAAAAUUGUAGGAUAUAGGUCCAAGCCCAUAAUCAGUCUAUAUGAAGAACUUAGGUGUUACAUCAUAAGGAGGAUGGCAGCACAUCAAAGAAUUCUUGGAAUAGUUAGGGGUAAAAUUGCCCCUGCACAACAGAAGAAGCUUGAUCAAUUGAAGGUCCUAAGCAAUUCCUGGACCCCUACAUGGACAAGGAAUUUGAAUCAAGACAUAUAUGAAGUUAGUGGAAAGGGUGAAAGGGUUAGAGUAAAUUUAACAUAUAAGACAUGUGCAUGCAAUCUGUGGCAGCUGACUGGAUUUCCAUGUGAGCAUGCAAUUGCUGCAAUAUGCCACAAGAAUGAACCAGCAGAGUUGUAUGUGCAUCAAUGGCUAACAGUGGAUGCUUUGCAUGCCACUUAUGCACACACCUUGAACCCUGUCAAUUCUGCUAAGUAUUGGCCUACCUUAACAAAGCCUAAAUCUAUUCCUCCACCAUUGAAAAGGCCAAUUGGCCGUCCCAAGAAACAUAGGAAAAAGGAUCCAAGUUAG